AUGCUAUCAUAUUAAACAAGCAAACCUUUACACACUGCAUAGGCUGGUAGUGCAUCAUUUUUUCAUACAGCACCAUAACUCUACAAUUGUUUUCAAUAGAUGAGCGUAGUGUCAAUUGAAUUAUAGUCUGUAUUUUGUUUAGGACCACCAGGAGAAUGAACCUAUGCUUAUCACCAGUCACUUACAUGCAGAUUGUUAUGACAUGGCUGAAUCUCUACCAACUGGUACGCAUCAAGUGAAGGAUCCCUACUCUGAUGCUUCAUACUUUAACUAAUUUGGAGUAUGCCUCAGUUAUAUAUUUUUGAGAUGUGUAUCUAAAUUAACAGGUUCCUGUUAUGUAUCAUCAGAUUGUUCCAUAGGUAUAACUGCAUCUCCCUGUGUGUCACAUGUGCCGUGGAUUGCUUUUGUGGCGCCGGAGCUGCUAGAAAGAGGAGGGUGAAAUCUAAACAAUAGAGUAUUGCAAGGCUGUUCUUUGUAAUAACACGGACGGAAACCCACGACUGGAAAACGAACUGCGGCGACUAGGAACACCAGACUAUGGAGGAGAUCGUGCACUGAUUUUUGUAAUAAUCAUCCCUGGAUAUACUUCGCGUUUCCCUUUUCUGAAAUCAACAGGGUCAAAGAUGAAUUUGGCAGAAGCAGCCGAGGAAGGGAUGAAUGACUCGGACACAGAUGCGUUUUUUAAAACAGGGACUUUCAGAAAUGAUGGGAUUAAAGCAGCUGAUGUCUUACCUGUACUAAAAGAAAAAGUGGCCUUUGUAUCCGGAGGCCGUGACAAAAGAGGUGGCUCGAUCCUGACCUUCCCAGCAAGAAGUAACCAUGACAGAAUAAAGCAGGAGGAGCUUAGAAGACUGGUAACAUAUUUGGCAAGUGUGCCAAGUGAAGAUGUCUGCAAACGGGGUUUCACUGUAAUUAUUGACAUGCGAGGCUCCAAGUGGGACUUAAUCAAACCUCUCCUGAAAACUCUGCAAGAAGCUUUCCCUGCUGAGAUUCAUGUUGCACUUAUUAUCAAGCCAGACAAUUUUUGGCAGAAACAAAAAACUAACUUUGGCAGCUCAAAGUUUAUAUUUGAGACCAGUAUGGUAUCUGUUGAAGGCCUUACGAAGCUAGUUGACCCGUCCCAGCUGACAGAUGACUUUGACGGCUCCUUGGAGUACAACCACGAUGAAUGGAUUGAGCUCCGAGGGUCCUUGGAAGAGUUCAUCAGCAGCGCUGUGCACUUGUUAUCCCGCCUGGAAGAUUUGCAGGAGAUGUUGGCCAAGAAGGAGUUUCCUGUGGACGUUGAAGGGUCAAGGAGACUUAUCGACGAGCACACGCAGCUCAAGAAAAAGGUGAUCAAGGCCCCGGUGGAGGAAUUGGACCGGGAGGGUCAGAGGUUGCUGCAGUGCAUUCGCUGUAGUGACGGCUUUUCUGGCAGGAACUGCAUACCUGGCAGUGCAGACUUUCAAAGCGUUGUGCCAAAGAUUGCCAGUCUCCUUGACAAACUGCACUCCACCAGACAGCACUUACAUCAGAUGUGGCAUGUCAGGAAACUGAAACUUGAUCAAUGCUUUCAGCUUCGACUUUUUGAACAAGAUGCAGAGAAGAUGUUUGACUGGAUCAGUCACAACAAAGAAUUAUUCCUGAAGGGUCACACAGAGAUCGGGGUCAGCUACCAGCAUGCAUUGGAUUUCCAAACCCAGCACAAUCACUUUGCUAUGAACUCUAUGAAUGCGUAUGUCAACAUCAAUCGGAUAAUGUCAGUGGCGUCCAGGCUGUCAGAGGCUGGCCACUACGCCUCCCAGCAAAUCCAACAGAUCUCAGCCCAACUGGAUCAGGAGUGGAAGAGCUUUGCUGCUGCCCUGGAUGAACGCAGUACCAUUCUGGCGAUGUCUGCGGUGUUCCACCAAAAGUCUGAACAGUUUCUAUCCGGCGUGGAAGCCUGGUGUAAGAUGUGCAGUGAAGGAGGCCUGCCAAAUGAAAUGCAGGAUCUGGAGCUUGCCAUCCAUCAUCAUCAGUCACUGUACGAGCAGGUCACCCAGGCCUAUGCAGAGGUGAGCCAAGAUGGGAAAGCUUUGUUGGAUGUUCUGCAGCGUCCUUUGAGUCCUGGGAAUUCAGAAUCACUAACUGCAACAGCCAAUUACUCCAAAGCAGUACAUUGUGUCUUAGAUGUAGUACAUGAGGUACUGCAUCAUCAGCGAAGACUGGAAAGCAUCUGGCAACACCGCAAGGUUCGCCUGCAUCAGCGUCUUCAGCUCUGUGUUUUCCAGCAAGAUGUCCAACAGGUGAUGGACUGGAUUGAAAACCACGGGGAAGCCUUUCUCAGCAAACACACAGGAGUUGGAAAGUCACUUCACAGAGCAAGGGCACUCCAGAAGAGACAUGAUGACUUUGAGGAAGUAGCCCAGAAUACGUACACCAAUGCUGACAAACUGCUAGAAGCUGCGGAGCAGUUGGCUCAGACCGGGGAGUGUGACCCAGAGGAGAUCUACAAAGCUGCACGGCACCUGGAAGUGCGCAUUCAGGACUUUGUCCGAAGGGUUGAGCAGAGGAAACUUCUACUGGAUAUGUCAGUUUCCUUUCACACUCACACCAAAGAGCUGUGGACAUGGAUGGAAGAUCUCCAAAAAGAGCUUAUUGAAGAAGUGUGCUCUGAUUCAGUGGAUUCUGUACAGGAUUUGAUCAAGCAGUUCCAGCAGCAGCAGACUGCCACGCUGGAGGCAACCCUGAAUGUCAUCAAGGAAGGGGAGGACCUCAUCCAGCAACUGAGAGACUCUGCAAUGUCCAGCAAUAAGAUGCCCCACAAUAGCUCCAUCAGCCACAUUGAGAGUGUGCUGCAGCAACUAGAUGAAGCCCAGGGACAGAUGGAAGAGCUUUUCCAUGAGAGGAAAAUCAAGUUAGAUAUUUUCCUCCAGCUUCGUAUUUUCGAGCAGUACACCAUUGAGGUAACGGCAGAGCUAGACGCCUGGAAUGAAGACCUCUUGAGACAGAUCAACGACUUCAACACAGAGGACCUCACCCUGGCUGAGCAGCGUUUCCAAAGGCACACUGAGAGAAAGCUGGCAAUGAGCAACAUGACGUUUGAGGUCAUUCAACAAGGUCAAGAUUUGCACCAGUAUAUCAUGGAGGUCCAGGCUUCAGGAAUCGAGCUGACUUGUGAUAAGGAUAUGGACCUGGCAACACAAGUGCAGGAACUGCUGGAGUUUCUGCAUGAGAAACAGCACGAGCUGGACUUGAAUGCUGAUCAGACCCAGAAGCGUCUAGAGCAGUGUCUUCAGCUGAGACACCUGCAAGCUGAGGUCAAACAGGUGUUAGGCUGGAUUCGGAAUGGGGAAUCCAUGCUCAAUGCCAGCCUCGUGAAUGCAAGCUCUCUGUCUGAGGCAGAGCAACUCCAGAGAGAGCAUGAGCAGUUCCAGCUGGCCAUCGAGUCCCUCUUUCAUGCCACCUCUCUCCAGAAAACCCACCAGAGUGCUCUCCAGGUGCAGCAGAAGGCAGAGGUGUUGCUGCAGGCUGGGCACUAUGAUCCUGACGCCAUCAGGGGCUGUGCAGAGAAAGUGGCUCUUCACUGGCAGCAGCUCCUGCUCAAGAUGGAGGACCGACUCAAACUGGUCAAUGCAUCAGUGGCUUUCUAUAAGACCUCUGAGCAGGUAUGCAGUGUACUGGAGAGUUUGGAGCAGGAGUACCGGAGGGAUGAGGACUGGUGUGGAGGCCAUGAUAAAAUGGGAGCCUGCGCUGAGACUGACCAUGUCCUCCCUCUGAUUAGCAAACACCUGGAGCAGAAGGAAGCUUUCCUUAAGGCCUGUACAUUAGCACGAAGGAAUGCAGAGGUAUUCCUGAAAUACAUCCACAGAAACAACUUCAGCAUGCCUGGAGCAGCAAGUCACAGCCGAGGUCCUGAGCAGCAAGUAAAAGCAAUUCUGAAUGAGCUCCUGCAGAGAGAGAACAGGGUGCUGCAUUUCUGGACAAUGAAGAAACGCAGACUCGACCAGUGCCAGCAGUUUGUGGUAUUCGAACGGAGCGCUAAACAGGCCUUAGACUGGAUCCAGGAAAAUGGCGAGUAUUACCUCUCCACUCAUACUUCCCCUGGGGAGUCAAGUGAGAGAACACAGGAACUCCUAAAAGAAUAUGGAGAAUUUAGGAUCUCAGCCAAGCAAACUAAGGAGAAGGUGAAGCUACUCAUUCAGUUGGCUGACAGCUUUGUAGAGAAAGGACAUGUUCACGUUAUCGAACUUAAGAAAUGGGUUGCAACUGUGGACAAGCACUACCGAGACUUCUCAUUGAGAAUGGGAAAAUAUCGAUCCACCUUGGAUAAAGCUCUUGGCAUCAAUUCCGAGGAUAAUAAAGACCUGGAGCUGGAUACCAUCCCAGCUAGUCUCACUGACCCUGAAGUCAAACUGCGGGAUGCUAACCAUGAAGUUAACGAGGAGAAGAGAAAAUCAGCACGGAAGAAAGAGUUCAUUAUGGCUGAACUCCUUCAGACAGAAAAGACGUAUGUCAGGGACUUGCAUGAAUGUUUAGAGACAUACUUUUGGGAGAUGACGAGUGGAGUGGAAGAAAUUCCACCUGGAAUUAUGAAUAAAGAACACAUCGUCUUUGGGAAUAUUCAGGAGAUAUAUGAAUUUCAUAACAACAUCUUUAUCAAAGAAUUGGAAAAAUACGAGCAACUGCCUGAAGAUGUGGGCCAUUGCUUUGUCACAUGGGCAGACAAAUUCCAUGUCUAUGUCACAUACUGCAAAAAUAAACCUGAUUCUAGCCAGCUAAUUCUAGAACAUGCUGGGAGCUUUUUUGAUGAAAUACAGCAAAGACACGGCCUGGCAAACUCUAUCUCCUCUUAUCUAAUUAAACCAGUUCAGAGAAUCACAAAGUAUCAGCUCUUACUGAAGGAACUUUUAACAUGCUGUGAAGAGGGGAAAGGGGAAAUUAAAGAUGGCCUGGAGGUGAUGUUAAGCGUGCCUAAAAGAGCUAAUGAUGCCAUGCAUGUCAGUAUGCUUGAAGGGUUCGAUGAAAACCUGGAUGUUCAGGGUGAGCUUAUCCUCCAGGACUCCUUCCAGGUGUGGGAUCCCAAGUCACUCAUUCGGAAAGGACGAGACCGGCACUUGUUCCUCUUUGAGAUAUCGCUGGUGUUUAGCAAAGAAAUAAAAGACUCCUCAGGACGCACCAAAUAUGUAUACAAGAACAAAUUGCGGACUUCUGAACUGGGGCUGACCGAGCAUGUGGAAGGAGACCCCUGUAAGUUUGCUUUAUGGGCUGGAAGAACUCCAUCAUCUGACAACAAGACCGUUCUCAAGGCAUCCAAUAUUGAAGCAAAACAGGAGUGGAUUAAAAAUAUCCGUGAAGUUAUUCAAGAGCGAAUGAUUCACCUUAAGGGGGCUUUGAAGGAACCUAUUCACAUGCCCAAGACACCAGCCAAACACAGGAACAACAGCAAAAGGGAUACCGGAGAGGACGGUGACAGUCAGGGAGAUGGCAGCAUUCAGCCUGACACCAUCUCUAUUGCGUCGAGAACAUCUCAGAAUACAGUGGACAGUGACAAGCUUUCUGGAGGCUGUGAACUGACCGUGGUUCUUCAGGACUUCACUGCGGGGUGCAGCAGCGAACUGAGCCUUCAGGUGGGACAGACGGUGGAGUUACUGGAGCGGCCGAGUGACAGGCCUGGCUGGUGCCUCGUGCGGACCACCGAUCGCAGCCCUCCUCUGGAAGGUCUGGUCCCGAGCAGCACUCUCUGCAUAUCCCACUCUCGCAACAGUGUUGAGAUGGAAUGCUUCUUCCCAUCCGGAAAAGAAGGUUAUUCUGUUUCCACUGAAAAUGGAAGGAAAUCGGAGUCUUUGGCAAACCUGCAGCCACAUACUUCACUAGGUUCCAUACCAACAAGCUCCCCAGGCCCCAAACGUUCAGGGAACACACUGAAGAAAUGGCUGACGAGUCCAGUGCGCAGACUCAGCAGUGGCAAAGCUGACAGCACCAUCAAGAAGAUACCCAGCAAGCAUAAAAAGAGAGAUGUCAGGAAGAGCUUCGACUUGGGGUCGCCCAAACCUGGAGAAAAUGAGAGCGCACCUCAAGAUGACAGUGCAGACGAGAAGGGUAGGAGAGAUGGUAAUUUAUCCAAGUCCUCUUCUGGAAUGCAGAGUGGAGGAGAAGAGGAACCCGAUGAAGAAUCCCAUCCCCCACUUCCUCCACCAAUGAAAAUCAUAGAGAACGACCCUCAGGAGGAGAUGUCUUCCUCAUUGCUUACUGCUCGUCAGCGCGCUGCUGAAGUCCCCAGUGCUGUGGACCUUGUCAGUGCAAUAGAAAAAUUGGUCAAAAGUAAGCUGCCCUAUCCAUAUACAGAUCCAGAUCCAGAGGCGCGGCAACCCACAUCACAGCCAAGAAACCCAGAGAUGGAGCAGAAAGCCAAAGCUUUACGAGGAAGAAUGUUUGUACUUAAUGAGUUGAUACAAACAGAGAAAGACUAUGUCAAAGACCUGGGCAUCAUAGUGGAGGGUUUUAUGAAGACCAUUGAUGAAAAGGGCUUCCCCGAAGACGUGAAAGGAAAAGACAAAAUUGUUUUUGGAAACAUUCAUCAAAUUUAUGACUGGCACAAAGAUUUUUUCCUGGGUGAACUGGAAAAAUGCCUUCAGGACCAUGAUCGACUGGCUGAGCUGUUCAUAAAACAUGAGAGGAGAUUGCAUAUGUAUGUGGUGUAUUGCCAAAACAAACCCAGAUCAGAGUGUGUUGUAGCUGAAUAUGAUGCCUACUUUGAGGAAGUAAAGCAAGACAUAAACCAGAGGCUCACAAUCAGUGACUUUCUUAUAAAACCAAUCCAGAGAAUAACAAAGUAUCAGCUACUUCUCAAGGACUUCCUACGGUUUACUGAGAAGGCUGGAAUAGACUGCCUGGAUAUAGAGAAAGCCGUUGACUUAAUGUGCCUCGUUCCUAAACGUUGCAAUGAUAUGAUGAAUCUCGGGCGUCUGCAAGGCUUUGAGGGCAAGCUAACUGCGCAAGGUAAGCUUCUGCAGCAGGACACUUUCUACGUGGCGGAGCAGGACUCUGGAGUGCUGUCCCGCAGCAAGGAACGCAGGGUCUUUCUCUUUGAACAGAUUGUCAUCUUCAGUGAGCUCCUCAGGAAAGGCUCCUCAAUCCCAGGCUACCAGUUUAAGAAAAGUAUUAAGAUGAGUUACCUGAGUAUGGAUGAGAAUAUUGACAAUGAUCCCUGCAAGUUCGCUCUGUAUUGCCGAGGUUCUUCAGAGCGGGUUACACUCCAGGCUGCCAAUCCAGACAUUAAGCAGGCCUGGGUUUAUGAUAUCAGCCAAGUUCUGGACACCCAGAGGGAUUUCCUGAAUGCCUUGCAGUCUCCGAUAGAGUAUCAAAAAAAAGAAACAUGUGCCCAUUCAUUAACGAAAUCCCAGCCCGGCUGUAGGAUAUCCCAGUCGAACAACCGUCCCCAUUCCACAACCCCAGUUGGGGCUGAAAAACCUCCAAAAUCCAGCCGGAACCCAUCACUACCACCUUUGAUAUCUACCUCUAAUGGCAGCCCAGGCUAUGACCACCAUACAUAUAAAGACAGAAAUGAACAGGGAAAGAAUGAUAUAGCUGGAUGUAAUGGGGCCUCAUCUACCAUGAUGGUGACCCAAGACUACAACGCACUGAAAGAGAAUGAGAUAUGUGUCAUUCAGGGCGAGAUGGUGCAUAUCCUCGCCAUCAACCAGCAAAAUAUGUUCCUAGUGUACCGGCCUGCAAAUAAUAUUUCCCCAGCUGCUGAAGGCUGGGUUCCAGGCUAUAUCCUGGGUCCCAUGAAUAAAACCUUCACAGAAAAUGCUGAAGGAAGCAUCAAGAAGUCUCUUUCUUGGCACACCCUGCGUAUGAGAAAAAGAGCAGAAAAGGAGAGCAGUGGCAAAAGUGAAGCAAAGGUAGAAAAUGGAUCUCGUAAAACCAAGGAAAUUCUGAGCAACAAGGUCCCUGUUAAAGAAUCUAACAGUUCUGAGGAGUCAGAUUGUGAUGAACUAGACCCCCAAACUAGCAUGGAGUUACUGAAUCCAAAUUUUAUUCAAGAAGUUGCACCAGAAUUCCUAGUCCCACUUGCAGAUGUGACGUGUGCUUUUGGUCAAACAGUAGUACUGUGCUGUAAGAUCAGUGGACGCCCAAAGCCAAACAUAACCUUGAAAGGACCUGACCAAAAUCUGGUUGUUAACAACAUUCGCUUCACUAUAGAUAUCAGGGAUACUGGAGAGAUCUUGCUAAAGAUCUGUAACCUGAUGCCUCAGGACACUGGCAUUUACACCUGUGUGGCAGUAAAUCAAUACGGAACUGCAUCCUCAUCAGCUUCAAUCAAAGUACAAGGUGUUCCUACAGCACCAAGCCGACCCGAAGCUCAAGAAAGAGGCUGUACCUCUGUGAUUCUUCGUUGGUUACCACCAGCUAGCAAAGGAAACUGUGCCAUUUCAAGUUACGCUGUGGAAUACAGAGAGGAAGAUUCCCUGCCAUGGCAACAGUGUGUUGUCUCAACCCUGGACACCUUCCUUUUGAUUGAUGACCUAACUCCAGGAGGACAGUAUCAGUUCAGAGUCAGUGCCAGCAAUCCCUGGGGUAUCAGCGCCCCAAGCGAGCCAUCAAACAUUGUAAUGCUCUCCAGCAAUGACUCUUCGUGUGAUGGAAUAGGCAUUCCAUGGAAAGAUAAUUUUGAAUCCGCUUAUAUUGAACUGAGUGAAAUUGGAAGGGGCAGAUUCUCAAUAGUAAAGAAAUGUGUGCACAAGGCUACCAAAAAGGAAGUUGCUGUCAAAUUUGUGAGCAAGAAGAUGAAAAAGAAAGACCAGGUGGCACAUGAGGCAGCCAUAACACAACAUCUGCUGCAUCCCCAGUUCCUUAGUCUUUGUGACAUCUAUGAGUCACCCGGCAGCUUUAUAUUGGUUUUAGAACUUAUGGAAGAUGGACGGCUUUUUGAUUUCCUGAUAAACCACGAUGAACUCAUGGAGGAAAAAGUGUCUUUUUACAUCAAAGAUACACUGGAGGCAAUCCAGUAUCUCCAUAACUGUAGAGUUGCACAUUUAGAUCUAAAGCCAGAAAAUCUUUUAGUUGAUCUCCACAUUCCAGUGCCUCGUGUCAAGCUGAUUGACUUUGGCGAUGCCAUUCAGAUUACAAGCCAGUACUACAUUCACCCCCUGCUGGGAAACCCAGAGUUUGCUGCUCCAGAGCUAAUUCAGGGAUGUCCCGUUGCACUGAGUACGGAUAUCUGGAGUCUCGGAGUCCUUGCAUAUGUCAUGCUAAGUGGGGUCUCCCCUUUCUUGGAUGAGAGCGUGGAAGAGACGUGCGUGAACAUCUGCAGACUUGAUUUCAGUUUCCCUGAUGACUAUUUCUGGGGAGUAAGCCAUGCUGCAAAAGACUUCAUUAAGGCAAUCCUUCAGGUGAACUCUAGAAAGAGACCCGCUGCUUCCACUUGCCUACAGCACCCCUGGCUGCACGCUCCCAGCAGUGCUUACUCCAAAAACCCCUUGGAUACCUCUCGACUGGCUUCUUUCAUCGAGAGACGCAGACAGCAGAACGAUGUCCGUCCAGUAACAAACAUCAAGAGCUUCAUGACUAGCACUAUGGGCCACACAUUGUAAAAUGUUUCGGAUACGUACAGCAAGACAUUGACAAUAGCAGGCGGAAAGGAGCUUUCUACAAUAGAGUACAUCAUAAAGGUUUAAGACAAACAUGCCUUUUUCAUGUGUUUGGGUUACUUCUGUUUUAUUCCAGUCAACGUGUGUUAACCGAAACAUAAAGAGCAGUACAUAAGCAGGGAAAAAUCACAAAGGGAUAAACUCUAUAAGGUCUGUUUAAGGUUCGGCUCCAGGUUUUUUUUUUUUUUUUUUUCUAUUUCGGGGCUUAUCGUGCGUCAAAACAACUUGUAAUAAAACAGAAUUUAAACACAAUACCAGACACAUGAGUCAGCCAGAAUACCUGUACAGCAGAGGUUCCAUAAUGCACUGUGACUUCUGGAUGUACAAAGACUGGUUUGAUCAGUUUCUGCAAGAACACAAGCAUGUACAACUCUUUAAGACGGAAUUUAACAAGCAAAAGUUGAAUAGCAAUGUUCAUUUUUACACAUCCAAGUACACUAUGUAUGUAUUUAAUUAUUUACUGUAUGUAGAUAUGUAUUUAUACAUAUGUAUUUGUUUUCUUGCAGAUAAACAAACAGUCUAACCUUUAGAAAACUGCAAAAUUGAUGGAGGUAUUUAUAAACUCUGGAAUGUGUAAACACAAAAAUGAAUUGGUUAUGCAGGUAGAAUGUAAAAUAUGUGGAUGACAGCAUGAGGAAGCAGACAUGACUAAUGUAGUAUAGUGGUUGUUACUUUUUACUGAAGCAUAAGCCUAACCUACAGAAGACCUUGAAACAUCAAAUUCCACUAAAGCCUAAUAAAAUCCCUGUACCCUAGGCAUGAUGAGAAAGCAGAUGAAAAAAUAAAAUGAACUGACUUCCUAUAAUAACUUUGCAUAAAUCAACACUACAUGUACUGGACUAACACAAGCAUUGCCCCAAGUGAGGUUUUCUUCAGCAGGAUACCUUACAGUGCAGAGGAAUGGCCAAAUAAAAGAACAGUCAAACCAGUUACUCCUUAGAUUCAAGACAAGCUAUUGCAAUUGAACCUACUGUUUCUAUAGACAUGAGAGCCAGUGGAAAAGGCACUUCAUUAAUGGGGCAAAUGAUGUGAGGACUAAUGUUUGGUUCAAUUAACACACUGAUUCUAUAAACACUGGAUUGACUUGACUGGAUUUAGCAUUGUAAUAGCAUAAUUACAGCAUUCUUAAAUAAUACAUCUAUAAAGAAGUAAUAAUAAUAAUAAUAAUAAUAAUAAUAAUGUAUUUCAUUUAGAGAUGGUUUUGUUGACCACAUUUGUGAGAGGAAAGGGACAUGGUUUAUUGAGGCUUUAGCAUUUACAACCAGAAGAAACAACUCCUGUGGUUGCAUGUGGAGGACAAGGUGAUUUGUGUGUGUUGUUGCUUAUUAGGUUGUGGUUAAUGAUUUGUUUAAGCAUUUUUAUACUAAAUCAUGAUCUGUAAGGGAAAGCUGUGUGAAACCAGCUUCUGCAAGCUUCUUCCCCAUGCUUCUUUGCACUUACAAUGUAAAAUCUAUGCUUUAUAGUUGAAAACAAAGCAUAAACCUUUUAUACCUCACUAUAUAUCAAAAAGGGUGCAAAUAACUCUGAGCCUUAACAAAUACUGUAUUUAGUUUCCAAGAAGAUCCAUCUUCACUUAUUUAAUUUUGUAUUUUAUUGCUUUGUAAAAUGAUGCUGUACAUAGCCGAUUUCAUUCGUAAUUUAAGAAAACAUAUUAAGGUGUACUUUUGUGUAAAGUGUAAUCCAAAUAUGUUUGCUUUACUUUGUUUUUAAUUCUAAUUUAUUUUAGGAUUUUUAAAAGGUCUUAAAAUACUAAAAUACUGAAUUUUCAACCUGUAUACAAGUCAACAGAAACAGUGUUUAAAUAUUUAGUGCUACUUAUUUAAACUGCAUACUUACUUAAAAUCUCAGCGAAUUGCAAGGGUUCUGAUUUGCUGUUCCAUCAGUAGGGAUAUACUAAGCAGCAAGUUACCUAUUUAAUUAUUUUCUGUAUUUUGAACUGUGUAUGCUUUUCCCACUACAACAGCAUGCAACAUACACUAGGAGUGUACUGGUUUCUGCAAUUCUAAGAAGUGGUACAACAUGUUGUACAUGGUUUAGCUUCUCCAUUUACAAAAUAACCCUGCAAACAAAACCUUACCACUUGCGUUUGUUACUGAAUAUUUA